AUGAACAGCCAAACAGUAGAUGCCAACUUGAUCAAAAGUCAACUUCAAUCGCUUGAUCUAUUAAAACAAAAGACACAGGCAUUGAUUGAUGUAAAGAAUACACUUUUAUCAAAGACAGAAUUAUUAGAACAAAAGAAGGGCCUGCUAGAACAAAUCAAUACAGAAAAACAGCGAUUGUCUAAAGAAAAGAGAUUAUUAUUCGAUAUGCUUCAAAGUAUUCAACGUGAUUUAGAUUCAGUCACGGAAGUAGAGACACAAUUGACAAGAGAGCACGAAGAAUUAGAAAAGAAUGUGGCCAAGUAUAGAAUAGAACAAUAUGAACCACUUCAAGAACCAGAUGAGGUCAAUGAGAUACGUGCACAGAGCGGAAUGAUCAAAUUACCGCAUAUCCAGCAGGAAUUGGAGGCACAAAUGGCCAAAUUAUUAGAAGACAGAAGGAUGAAAUGGCAAGAGUCGAGCAAUAGAAGGAGAUAA